AUGGCGAUGCCAACUACUUGGCAAAGGCUCGCCGUCUCCGUCUUGCGUGUAUCAAAAGAGGUGGAGAACAUUGGUGCACGAGUACCCAUGUCGAAGAAACGUGUGACUUGGCGCUUCGUACUUGCUGGAUCAGAGCAAGUACACACUGUUAUGCUUGAACACAGUCGUAUAUCGGCGAAGAAACGAUUGAAACUGGAUGGCCGUCAUCUCUUUACAUCUGACCAGUACGCGACGAACUGGCACUAUGAUUUUCAGGUGGGGGAAGACACUCUGAUGCCUUUUCGAGUCGUCAUUCGGGACGCUAAGUCUUCUGUAGUGGAUCAAGGAAAACUUGAAACAAUUUACGAUCUACUGGCUGAUGGGGUACACUGGGAUCAGAUGGCGGAACGAUUCUUACCCGUAGCUUUUCGUAUCCAUUCGGCUUCAGUUUGGAGUAGUGACAUGUAUGUACGUCGCGUGGAAGAUACACGUGGAGAACUUUUGAGUGAUGGAGGAAAUCGUCCACCUGGAACUUUGUUGACAUGGACCUUUGCGUUUGGGGUGAAUGGCAAGAGCAUUCAUAAGCUCGAGCUUAGAGAUUUGGAAGAAGGCGAAUUUGUUGUCGUGUUGGACUGUCGGGAACUCAAAAGAGUGAGUUUUGACGACAUUCAUGCCAACAUGUGGGAGUUUGAAUAUGAUCUCGAGGAUCAUCACGAACUGGACCUUGUGGUGACGCUUGUCGACGAAGAUAAGACGUACGACUUUUUUAUUGAUGGAAGUCCAUGGAGCGAAAUUGGCGAAACUAAUUUUGUGCUUGAGUCCGGGUGGUAUCCCGUUUACUCGCGCUCUCGUAGUGCCGUUUACUUUCGUCACGAUCAAACAGGCAACACGCAGUGGGAGAAACCAAUAGUUGAUCGCAAAGAUAUGCUCGGAAAUCGCCCGGUUCAGACUUUCGAACAGGUUUCACCGGGUUCGCAGGGACUUGACGGCUUGAUCCAGAGCAUGCUUGCCGUAUCCGUCAGAGAGACGAUUCUUGAAGAGCCAGAGAGCGAGCUGGAAAAUGCUUCCCAGUCUGUAUUGACAAAGCAGCCGUCGCAGCCUGUGCAGGAAGAAGAAGUUGGAGGACAGGAAAUCAACCUCAUGGACUUCAACGAUGAUUUACAGCAAGAAGUUCAGAAGUGCGAUGAUAAAGAAUUUGAUCCAUUUAAUCCUGCCACCACCGCGAGUUUUGCUCGCAAAGAGAAACUGACUCAACAGACUCCACCACCCGAAAUGCAUUACUUGUAUAGUAAAAAAAGAUAG